GAAUUUGGUUACCAAGAGUGUCCGAAGAUCAAGGGCAACCGUUGAACAGCCCCAGGAUAAUCAGCACGGCUCUGUUCCCCGACGGAGACGUCCCCAAUCGCGAGAUCACCUUGAUGCUGAUGCAGUACGGACAGUUCCUCUCGCACGACAUCACCCAAUCGAUAGAUUCAACUUUCGUGAACGGAAGCGCAAUCUCUUGCUGCACCCCGGACGGAUCGCUACAGCUUCCACCUCACAUCAGACACUUCGCUUGCAUGCCCAUCUACAUCCCACCGAAAGAUCCCUUCUUUUCGUUCUUCAAGCAGGGAUGCAUGAAUUUCGUGCGAUCCGUUAUGGCGCCGAGAAGCGACUGCACUUUAGGAUACGCGCAACAAAUGAACAAAGUGACCCAUUUCGUUGACGGCUCUUCGGUGUACGGAUCGACCCCGGAGCAAACCGCAGAACUGCGCAGCUUCCAAGGAGGAAUGCUCAAAGUCUUCGUGGAUUUCGGAAGAGAAUUGUUACCUCUUUCGAAAGAUCCGGAAGCCUGCAUCACUCAGGAGCAAGGAUCUGCGUGCUUCGAAUCAGGAGACAGCAGAACAAACCAGAUGAUCUCUUUGGUGGCUCUGCACACGCUCUUCAUGCGAGAACAUAACAGAUUGGCCAGAGAAUUGGGCAGAAUCAAUUCGCGUUGGUCCGAUCAAAAGAUUUUCUUGGAAGCCAGGCGAAUCUUAACAGCAGAAAUGCAGGUGGUAACUUACAAGGAAUUCUUGCCAGCUCUUUUAGGUGAAGCGGCGAUGAAAGAAUUCGACAUCGGUUUGAAAGAGUUCGAUUACUCUUACGAUUAUGACCAGAGGGUGGAGCCCUCUGUUACCAACGAAUUCGCUUCAGCCGCAUUCAGAUUCGGUCAUUCGACGGUCGAAGGACUCCUCAAGAUUUACGGGGUUGAUAAGAUGGACGAAAUGAUUUCGUUGCCCGAAACGAUGUUCUAUCCGGGUCGAAUGCGAAAGCAUCUCUUCUACGAUCAACUCUUGAGCACGUUGACCACGGAACCCAUACAAGAAGUCGACAAUCUGCUUUCGGAAUCGCUUACCAAAUACAUGUUUCGUGCUGGUAAUCCUUUCGGCGUCGAUUUGGCUUCCCUGAAUAUCCAGAGAGGUCGCGAUCACGGUCUCAGACCGUACAACGAUUACAGGCAGCUGGUGGGACAGGCGAGGUACACGAGUUUCAAGGACUUCGGGGCGCAGUUCGGGCCCAAACUCGCUUCGGUCUAUUCCUCCGUGGACGACGUCGAUCUUUGGGUCGGCGGACUGUUGGAGUCCAAACACGCCGGAAGCAUUUUGGGUGUCACUUUUAGAGACAUCAUCGCCGAUCAGUUCUUCAGGCUGAAGAAGGGCGACAAGUACUUCUUCGAUCACGAUCCUUCAGUCAAUCCCAGCCACUUCACUCUAGAGCAAUUGCAGAGUCUCAGGAAGAGUUCGUUGUCGAGAAUGAUCUGUGAUAACAGCGAUGGUUUUCUUCUAGCCAGGCAAGCUCUAAACGCGUUCAAACUUCCCGGAGUUCCUGGGAACGAAUUCCACGAUUGCAACGGAAACGAGAUACCGAGGAUAAACCUGAUGCUGUGGCAGGAUUUCGAAUAAACAGUUUGCAACUGCAGCAGUUGUAAAUUUGAUUGUAAUCGUAUAAUUUAUUCAACAAGCAAUAUU